UGUGCCGGCGGCGCGAUGGCGGUGGCCGUGGUGCGGCCGCUGGACGCGCCGCCGGCCGAGCUGUCGCCGGCCACGGCGCUGCUGCUGGCGCCGGCGGGGCUGUGCGCGGCGCUGCGCGGGCGGGGCGGCGCGCUGGUGCUGGCGGUGCGGCCGGCGGGGCGCGGCGGGGCGCAGCCGGUGCUGCUGAGCGCCGUGGCGCUGGAGGCGGGCGGGCGGCGCGGCGCGGAGCUGUGGCUGCGCGGGGCGCUGCUGCGGCGGCUGGGGCUGGCGGCCGGCCGGAGGGUGGCCGUGUGGCCCGUGCGGCGCCCGCCGGCGCUCGCCUGGGUGCUGCUGGGGGCGGCGGGCCGGGCGGGGAGGCUGGCGGGCGGCGCGGUGCUGGCGCGGCGGGGCGAGGCGCUGCCGGGGCCGGGCCCCGGGCCGGGCCCGCUGGUGCUGGAGGCGCGCCCGGCGCUCCAGGGGUUGCUGGGCAGCGGGACGCGCACCGCCCUCGCGCCCCCGCCGCCCGCCCCGCCGGGCGCCGCCCGCGGCCGCCCCCCGCCCGCCGCCGCGCCGCCCCUCGUCUCCCGCUUCGCCGCCGCCGCCGCCGGCCCGCGGCUGCGGGCGGUGCCCGGAGGGGCGGGCGGCGGCGGCGGCGGGGCGGAGGUGUGGGUGAGCCGGCGCGGGCUGCUGGCGCUGGGGCUGUUCCAGGGCGAGUGGGUGCGGGUGGGCGCGGAGGGGGCGGCCCGCGAGCACCUGGCGGCGCUGCUGGCCCGGCCGCCGCCCUGGGAGUACCCGCGGGCCGCCCGCCGCGGCCUGGCCGACGGCACCGCGCUGCUGGCCCCGGCCCUGGCCUUCAACCUGGGCUGCGACCCCGCCGCCGCCGCCCAGCUCCGCCUGCAGAGGUACGAAAGGACCGGCGCCGCGGAUGGGAAGGGCAGCCGGUCCGUGCUGUCUGUGCCCCCGUUCGCCAAGGAGCUGCACCUGGAGAUCGUCUGCUCGCCGGCCUACAGCACCCGGGGAAGUUACGACUGCGUGCUCUACAGGCACUUCGAAACACCGCGGCUAGUCCAGGAGGGAGACAUCCUGUGUGUUCCAACAUUUGGAAAUGCUGAAUUUAUAGAACUAAACGCAGACAAGUUCCUAAGGUGGCCAGAGCUUUAUUUCAAGGUGAAGAAGAUCGUAGGCGUGGUGGAAGGCGAGCAGUCUGAGGGUUACCUGGUGGACACCCAGAACACGUCUCUCUAUCUGGUGGGUUCAGCAAACAGCACUGUGCCAUCUGCCCCAGCCUAUAACAGCAGUGAGUUCUGGAGCAGUUUGUCUCCUGCGGGACUUUCCGAUGUCGUGAAACAGCUCUGUGAUGCUCUUCGGCCUCACCUGAACCGUCGGGCCAGUGCACUGAGCGGCGUGGGCAGCGUUCUCCUCUCGGGGCCGAGCGGCAGCGGGAAGCUGAUGGCUGUCAGAGCUGUGUGUAGCUGCCUCAACCUCCACCUCUUCAAGGUGGAUUGCGUCAGUUUGUGCAGUGACACCAGUGCAGCCACAGAGGAGAAAGUACAGGUGGCCUUCAGCCAGGCCCAGCAGUACCAGCCCUGUGUGCUCCUGCUGAAAGACAUCGAGGUGCUUGGCAGAGACCGAGACGGGCUCAGAGAGGAUGCCAGGGUCAUUGCUACUCUGAGGCAGCUGCUCCUGGACAGAGACCCAGCACUGAGCCACCCUGUCCUGGUGGUUGGCACAACCUGCAAGCCCCAGGAUGUCCCGACAGACGUGCAGACUGCUUUCCUUCAUGAGGUGAAGAUCGAAGCCCCUUCAGAGGAGCAGAGGAGGUUGAUGCUGAGCAUGCUGACUGCCAGCCUGCCUCUGGGCAAAGAAGUGAGCCUGUCCAAGCUGGCCCGCAGGACUGCCGGAUUUGUGCUGGGAGAUUUCUGUGCCUUGCUGUCCCACAGCAGCCGGGCUGCUUGCACCCGUAUCCAGGCCUUGAGUUUUCCAGGUGGACUGAGCGAAGAAGUGGAGAGGGAUUUUUGCUCUGCUGGGUUCCCGGUGCUCGAGGAGGAUUUUAGUGCUGCACUGGACCAGCUACAUGAUGCCCACUCGCAGGCAGUGGGAGCCCCAAAGAUCCCCUCAGUGUCCUGGCAGGAUGUUGGUGGGCUGCAGGAGGUGAAGAAGGAGAUCCUGGACACUAUCCAGUUGCCCCUGGAGCACCCAGAGCUGCUGUCACUGGGUCUGUGCCGCUCUGGUCUGCUGCUGUACGGGCCUCCAGGGACAGGGAAGACCUUGCUGGCAAAAGCUGUGGCAACAACGUGCGCCAUGACAUUCCUUAGUGUGAAAGGGCCGGAGCUCAUCAACAUGUAUGUUGGGCAAAGUGAGGAGAACGUGCGCAAUGUGUUUGCCAGAGCCAGGGCAGCUGCUCCCUGCAUUAUCUUCUUUGAUGAGCUGGAUUCCCUGGCCCCGAGUCGUGGGAGAAGUGGAGAUUCAGGGGGUGUCAUGGACAGAGUUGUCUCACAGCUCCUUGCAGAGCUCGAUGGCCUUCAUUCCUCCAGAGAGGUGUUCGUCAUUGGAGCCACGAACAGGCCUGACCUCCUGGACCCAGCUCUGCUACGGCCAGGCAGGUUUGACAAGCUGGUCUACGUGGGCAUCAGCGAGGACCGGGAGUCGCAGCUGCAGGUGCUGAGCGCCGUCACCAGGAAGUUUAAACUGGAUCCUUCUGUGAAUCUCACCACCAUCCUAGAAAAAUGCCCAGCUCAGCUGACAGGAGCAGACAUCUACGCCCUGUGUUCAGAUGCCAUGAUGUGUGCUGUCAAACGGAAGGUGGAGUGGAUUGAGGAAGGGCUGGAUACUGAGAAGUCUGCUCUGAUCCUGACCAUGGAAGACUUUCUGCAGGCUGCUGCCAGGUUGCAGCCAUCAGUCUCUGAGCAGGAGCUGCUCAGGUACAGACUCAUCCAGCAGAAGUUUGCAGCCUGCUAAUGCUCAACAGAGCUGGGACUGGAGAACAGGCACAAACAGGCACCUGCCUGCUCCUCUCUGAUGCCUCCCAGGCCCCCUUCCUUGGAGCUUGGGUGGAAAUAGUGUCAGUGCAGUUUCCCAAGCCAAAGCCUGGUGGAACUGCUACUCUGUUCAGCCAGGAGGGUGGUGGGUUCUGUAAGGGUCCCUCACAUGUCAGCGGUGCGUUGUGGCUGCCGGGAACAUAGCAGGGUUCCUUGCAGGGACAAAGCCGAAUCCCAUGGUUGUGGGCAGUGUAGCAGUGUCUCCAUGGGUGACAGGCCAUUCAUUGGUGGGGGAGCAAGGCUCAAACUGCACCUGUUUUGGCAGCAAGUGCAGGGCUGGAGGCUGCUGCUUGUUGGGUUGUCAGCCCCCAGUGAGAGGUGCUGGCCAGAGGGCAGCAGGACACAGGGCACUGCUGUUCCAGCUGGCCUGGGCUUGACAUAGUCUCCGAAUAAAUACAGGUUUUCUAGCUCUA